UGGGGAGGGGGCCCGGAGCUCGGGGAGCCUGGAGUGUGGCGGCCGAGCUGGAAGGGCCCCCACUUUCUUGGCCCCUGAGGAGGGCCCGGGGGGUGGGGGGUUGCCCAGGAGCCGACGGGGACACCAUGGCUGUCUGUCCCCCAAACCCCACGUGUCCUGUUUGUCAGACGGUCCAGGCCUUAGAUGACAUGCUGCAGGCCCUGGUGAUGGACGGCCGGGACCCCAACAUGGCCAUGCUGCAGAGGAUGCUGGAGAUCGUCCUGCCGUGGCUCACGAUGUCGGAGAAGGAGCAGGAGCAGGGCCGGGCGGCCUACACCAUCUCCCACCUGCUGCGCUUCACCUGCAACUUCCCGGAGCUGUUGGUGAGCCAGGCGGGGCCGGCUCAGCCUGUGGCUCUGAGGGCGGCACCGGAGGGUGGGCAGGGCGCUGCUACUGCCCGGCUCCACCUGGCGGACUUCUCCAUCAGCGGGAGGCUGAUGGCCACCUUGGGCAUCUUCUGCAUGAGCCGCAGCCCCGACGCCAGUGCGGGGGCCUCGGAGGGGCUGCACUACCUGUUCAAGGUGUUAGUGCUUCACAGAAGCCCUGCCCUGACGGCUGCUCUGGGUUCAGGCAUGAAACACAAGACGGAGCUGAUCCUGAGGGAGCUGCAGAAGCAUUUCCGUGGGGAGUGGCUUGUCUACAUCGAGGACCUCGCCAUGUUCUUCAGGGAAUUCCUGAGCCCGGAGGAGAGGAUGGACGCCGUCAUGGUGUUCAUGGAGGCCAUGGCCAGCGACAGGGAGGACGACGUCAGGGCCGCGUCCAAGAUCCUAAGAAUGACCUUGAAGUCCUCGAUGCCGGAAAUCGGGAAGGUCCCGGAAAUGGUGGAAUUCAUUUACCACAAUAUGAACAAAAUCACCGAGGCCACGGCCCAGGAGACCAUGAGGAAGGUCCUGCAGCUGCUGGCCCAGGCCUACGCCGACGACGUCAUCCUGACGCUGCUCCAGAUGCAGGACCAGUCCCACAGGGGGAACCGCAAACCCUGGGAGAUCCUGGCGUCCAUUCCGCAGAGCUACGUGGUGAUCAUGGAGCACCUGCUGCGGAGGCUGACGGUGCACCUGAAGCACAGGGCGCCCGAGGCCAGCGACAGGACGCAGAUCUCCCCGCUGAUAGCCACCAGGGCCAUGCAUGAGCUGCUGCUGGAGCCCAGCCGGCGGAUGGAGGUGCAGACGCUGUUCCCGCCUCUGUUCAUGGCGCUGCUGAUCCAGACGUCCUUCCUCGUGGUGGAGGGGGGUGCCGAGGCCGCCGGGGGCAGCGAGCAUGCCACCAAGUGGAUGGACCCGGUCAGGUACCUCUGGUCCCCAGGGCCCACCCUCUGA